AGGUCUUGCCAAAAUUGAAAAUUCCAAAUAGUAGUUCAGUGCGCGAGAGAAGGGGAGAGAGAGAGAGAGAGAGAAAAUGGAGGACGUGCUCACCGAGACGCCGCCGCCAUCGCGAUUCUUCGACGAAGACCUCGAUAACUUCGCGGCUCCAUCCCCGCUUUUACCUCACCCCUUCCUUCUCCUCUCUCCCGAUGCCAACCCCAGCCCUGAUCUCCUACUCAUUGCCAUCUCCCCUCCAUCCCUUGCGCUUGUCCACCGCAUCCCCGGUAAAACCCUAAUCGGAACCCUAAUCCUCCCUGAAACCCCACUCUCCGGCACUGCGAUCGUUCCUUCCGCCCGUGACCGCGCGAUCCAUGUUUACGCUGUCGGAAACGGCAAGACGGUCCUCGUUGCGGUCCAGUACCCGAUCCCGACUGAGAGGGCGAAGGCGGUGGCGAGGGCGGUGGUGCGGGGGUUGCAGGCGGGGAGAGUGGUGGUGCUGGACUCGAUCGAAGAGGGGAACUAUAGGGGGAGGUUGACUGGGGACGAGGCGGUGGCGGUGAAGCUAGAAACGGUGGAGCAGCGAAGGGAGGGGGGAGUGGUGGAGAUGGAGUGGAUGCCGGAGGGGAGCGUGGUGGAUGGGCUUGGGGCGGCGCUGAUAGGGGAGUGCCAGAUGAAGAGGGUCAAGGGAACUCUGUGCGUGACGUGGCCGUAUCAGGGCCGUCCAUCGGCGGUGCCGAUCGUGGGGAUGGUGAUGAAGGGGCUGGGCGUUGAUGUGGAUGUCAGUGGAGUUGAGGCUGAGCUCGGUGAUGGGUUUGACUCUGAUCUCUAUACGUAGUUGUUUGGAUUCUUGUUACAGAUCGUGUCUUGUCUAAGUGUUCCAGAGUUUUUG